AUGACAGGGCAGCCUGUGAAGCGCAGCUAUGCAGGAGCAGCCUUAGAUUAUCUUGGAGCACGCUACGUCGGUGUAGGCCCUGAAGAAUGCAGCUACACAAUACAAGCCAUCCAGAUCCCCAUGCGGGACGGGGUCGAAUUGGCGGCCGACUUUUACAAACCAGAAUUACCCGACAAACAAGCACCCGUCGGACUAAUCAUGAUCCAGUGCUGCUACGGUCGAGGGGCAGGCAUUUCCUUCCCCAACGCCCGCGUCUUCGCUGCUCGAGGCUACCAGGCCCUCUUCGUUAGCACACGCGGCACCUAUGGCUCCGGUGGCACCUUCGACCCCGGCAGCAAUGAACAGUCCGAUAGCCAGGAUAUCGUGGUCUGGAUGCGUCAACAGCCCUGGUAUCCUGGCUCCUUUGCUACCCUGGGCCCCUCGUAUCUCGGCUACAGUCAAUGGGCGCUUUUGCACGACCCGCCUUCCGACUGCGUCGCUGCUGUCAUCCCUGUUGGACCUCAUGAUAAUGCCUGGCACGCAUGGGGGACAGGCUCUUUUCGGCUUGAUCGCGCAUCCUGGAGCGAUAUGAUGUCGAAGCGGGAUGCGGAGCGGGGGAGCUUUCUCUCGCGUCUGUCUAGUAUACCCGGGUUGAGCUUCUUGCAGUCCUCGGAGCUCGAGGAGGCUGUGGCUGGUCUGCCGCUGGAAGCUAGUCUGCAGAAAUACUUCGGCGACAAGGCCCCAUGGCUCUUUGAGUAUUUGAAACACCCCAAUGUUGAUGAUGCCUACUGGACAUCACGACGACACCAUACUGCUCUAGAGCGCGUCAAGAUUCCCAUUUUGUUGGUUAGUGGUUGGUACGACACAUUCACGACGCAAACGAUGCACCAGUUCAAAUAUCUGCGCGCUCGAGGUGUGAAUGUCAGCCUCAUCGUCGGUCCUUGGACACAUGUCCAAGGUUCUGGUCUUUAUUCCAUGCCGGAAAUAAUGGACUUCCUCGCUGAACAUCUGGCCAAAUCCGGAAAAUACAAUCGCUCUCCAGCUCGUGUCUUUAUCAGCGGCUCCCAGGAAUGGCGCUCAAUGCCUACCUGGCCUCCAGCUACUCGGCCGACGACUCUAUAUCUACAAGGCAAUCGCGGCAUUAGUUCGGAACGGCCUGCGCAGGACGCAAGCCCGGAGGAAACCUUCGUCUUCGACCCCCUUAACCCUACCCCCAUCAUCGGCGGCAACCAAAUGUCUUCCGGCGGAAGAGUAGACGACAGUGCGUAUGCAGACAGAUCAGACGUUCUAGCCUUCACGAGCGAACCCGUCUCAGAAGAUAUCGAGGUUCUAGGCAUUCCGACCGUUCACCUGAUUCACGCAAGCAACCCGCCCUUCGCAGACCUGUUCCUGCGGCUCAGUGAGGUCGACGCGCAAGGCGUCUCCCAUAACAUCACUGAUAUGUACCGGGCGCUCGAUCCAUCGCGCGACACAUCCCAGCCACUGAAGCUGGAUCUGCAAGACUGUGCUCAUCGGUUUAGGGUGGGUACGCGUGUGAGGCUUAUUGUCGCGGGUGGUUGUUUCCCGAUGUAUGCGAGGAGUCUUGGGACUGCUGAAGAUCGUCUGCGGAGCGAUAAGACGGUGCCUCAAAAGCAUACCGUUACUGUUGCUGGUGGAGUGUCGCAGCUGAUUUUGCCCGUUGGUGCUGCUGUUUGA